ACCAAUCCAAUCCUUUCUUCUUUCAACCCGCCAAAAACCAGAAAGCCGAAGGCCAAAACCCAAGCGCAUCUCUCCUUCUCUUCCUCACUCUUUCGCUGUCUCACCGGCGCGAAUAUCGACAGAGGAAGGCUCCCUUCGUCUCCGAUUCCAGCUGCUUCACUGAAAUUUAGGCAAUCUGGUGAAAUUUACUCUCUGAUGAACUGCUUGUCACACGUGCGUGCUUACGGUUCAGCUAUAUUUAGAAAGGCUGGUCAUUUCAUUGAAACUAGUACGUGCAACCAAUGCCGUUUUCCCUCAUGGAAAAGAAAUUUUCAGCACGCGGGUGUUAAGACUGUUGAUUUAGAGUUUCUGUUGACACGGUUUCACGCUCGGUGCUACUCUGCUCGAAAGAGUAGUAGUGGGAAAAAAGCACCUAGGACCAAGAAAGUCGAUCCUGAACCGGUGAUGGAAAAUGAGAAAGAUGCAUUCUUUGUGGUGAGAAAGGGAGAUGUUGUUGGUGUUUACAAGAGUUUUGCUGAUUGCCGGGCCCAAGUUGGAUCCUCGAUAUGUGAUCCUCCUGUCAGUGUGUACAAAGGCUACUCUUUGACGAAGGACACCAAGGAAUAUCUCGUCUCAUGUGGGCUUAAGAAUGCUCUCUACACUGUUAGAGCUGCAGAUGUGAAAGAGGAUCUUUUUGGCUUACUUAUGCCGUGCUCUUUUCAAGAGCCAGCUUCUUCAAAGGGUGAAACGUCUCAUAUGGAUGCAGCCAAAAAGAGAUCACAAGAUAUGCUUAAAUCAGAGUAUGGGGGACUGGGAGCACUUGGUUCAAUAGCUGUAGCUGAUCCUGUGAGCAAGCAUAUCAAGUUGGAUCCUUAUGCUGAGGUUCAAAUAGCAUCCUCUAAUUGUCAGUCCUGUAUUCUUGAGUUUGAUGGUGCAUCAAAAGGAAAUCCUGGACCAGCUGGUGCAGCAGCUGUGUUGAGAACUGAUACUGGAAAAGUGAUUUGCAAAUUGCGUGAGGGUUUGGGCAUAGCAACCUGUAACGCUGCUGAAUAUCGCGCCGUAAUUUUAGGGUUGAAACAUGCUCUUAGAAAAGGUUAUUCAAGCAUUUGUGUUCGAGGUGACUCGAAGCUCGUAUGUAUGCAGAUGCAGGGCUUAUGGAAAGUCAAACAUGAGCACAUGUCUGAGUUGUAUGAGCAGGCAAAGAAACUGAAAAAUAAGUUUCUUUCAUUCCAGAUCAAUCAUGUUUUAAGGGAACUGAACGCUGAGGCUGAUGCCCAAGCAAACUUGGCUGUCAAUCUUGCUGUUCCCCAUCCAGCUUUGAGUGAGGGCGUCGUCGAGGGCACUGCCGCUGAUGUAGACGCCAUCUCUGGCGGAGACGAUCUGGUCUACUCUGACCCACCUGUAUCAACCACCGUGAAGCCACUUUUGCCCAACGUCCUUCAACCACGUGUCGUCAUCUACGAUGGGGUCUGCCAUCUUUGCCACCAAGGGGUGAAGUGGGUGAUUAAAGCGGACAAAUACAGGAAGAUCAAGUUCUGCUGUGUUCAGUCAAAGGCUGCUGAACCAUACUUGAGAGUUUGUGGUGUUGAUCGAGAGGAUGUUCUUCGUCGGUUUGUCUUCAUUGAAGGCCUUGGUGUCUAUCACCAAGCUUCCACUGCUGCAUUGAGAGUAUUGUCAUACUUGCCACUUCCGUACUCUGCUUUAAGUGCAUUUUUGAUAAUUCCAACUCCAUUGAGAGACGCAGUUUAUGACCAUGUUGCCAAGAGGCGUUAUGACUGGUUCGGAAAGAGUGAAGACUGCCUAGUUUUGCAAGAGAAUGAGCUCUUGGAGCGUUUCAUAGAUAGGGAAGAAAUGAUGGAUCGUAGUCAAUCAAAUUUGUAACUCAGCUCCCUCCAAUGCAAUUAGACAAGUUUAAUUUUGGUUGUAAAUGUUGCAAGUUGUCAAAGAGUAUUUUCACCUGCUUGCAGUAAAUUUCAAAGCUUUAUUAUCUUA